AGAGCAUCAUCUUCGGAUGCUGUCAGUGGAGUUCAUCCCAGUUCCGUGUUGGGGUAAGUGAGAUAGCCGACAAAACGUGUGUUUUCUCUAUCCCUAGAGGGGGACGAACGAAUCUUGUCCCCCCACGGAAGUAUUUUUUGGAAAUAUAGAUCUUCCGUUGAAAAAUUGAGUUCGUAUUUGUUAAUGAAAUGAACAGAAAUAAACUGUUAUGAAUGGUAUAGAAUUCUUAAAAUAAUGCAGAGGAUUGAUUAGUAGUUCUCUGUGCCGGUUUGUGUGAACGUGUGCAUACAUUUAUUACUUAUUAUUAAAGGUUUUCCUGUACAUUCAUAGAAGAGUUGAUUUGAGGGAACUGUUUACUAUUUGGUAAAUAAAAGUGAUGUGAGAUUUACUUUUGAAGAAUAUUUGCUUCUAAUAUAUUGUGAUUUUUGGAUUUAUUAGCUAAAACUACUGGAUUAGUUUGAAAAGAAAAAAAAUGUGAGCUGCAUUAAAGGAAUUUGGAAAUAUUUGAUUUUGCAUGCGUUAACGGAGAUAAAAUUGAGUUAUUGAAAAUAAUAGGCCAUAAUUAUUUGAAUAAAUUAAAAUUGUAGAUUUUUAGAACUAUUAUCUGUUUCUAAAAAUAAUAACAACCUUAAUGUGUUAAUAAAAAGAAAAUUUUUGAUUGGUGAAACUUGCGUGAAACAGAGUUUAAUAACUAUCCAGAGUGUAAUAUUUGAUUUUAUAUUGGAUAAAACCAGCAAUAUAUGCACUAAAUAUCUUGUUUAGUGUUUUAUGUGAACAAAGUGUCAACAAUUUUUGGAUAACCUGUUUUAAUAUUUGAUACAUAAAACUUUCAAAAAUGAUAAAUUUGGUCUUAUUUACCUAAUUAGUGACAAAUGUAGUGAUUAGCAGGCGUGUCUACUGCCCGAUAGCAAACUUGUGAUCAUGUUAUGAAGAUCUCUAAUUAUCAGUGUCCAUCGUGGCCGAUUACGAUUGUGAUUGUUGGCGGACGGACCCUGCCCUCGCAGCGGGUGGGGGCGUCACGCCUUCACACCUCACCACCUCCCCAUGUGUCCUGGAGAUGACGUUAGAUGCCGUGAAGAGCAAAAAGAAGAAACAGAAAAAACCUAAAAAACCAAAAACUGCCAAGGCCAAUUCUCCUGGUCGCUGCAGACGUUGUUGUGGACGUUUUGCUGCUUUCUUGUUUUCUCAUAUAGGGUUGUGUGCCCUUGUUAUCGGUUAUAGCAUCAUGGGAGCAUUUGCUUUCAGAGCUUUGGAGGCACCCUAUGAAUCCAAGAAAGCUUCUCAAGUAGGACUUCUUAGGCAAGAAACUGUUAAAAGACUGUGGGAAAUAACCGAUAAAUUGAAUGUCUUGUAUAAGGAUAACUGGACAGAACUUGUUGAGGCAGAGGUGCGGAGAUUCCAGAAGCAUCUGAUUGUGGCUGUCAAAGAAGGAUACGACGGUAAAGAAGGUUCCGGACAACAGUGGUCCUUUUCCGGGGCCUUCCUUUACUCCCUGACUGUUAUCACUACAAUCGGUUAUGGCAAUAUAGCACCAAAAACAAAUUGGGGGAAGUUGGUGACCAUACUGUAUGCUAUUUUUGGCAUACCACUUAUGUUCCUCUAUUUGACCAAUAUCGGUAACAUCCUUGCCAAGAGCUUUAAGUUUGUCUACGGCCGUAUCUGCUAUCGUAGAAGGCUCAAUGACAGCCGAAGGCGCCGUCAACAACAACUUGAGCAGUAUCAGAUCCAUCACAUAAUGUUACAAGAUGCUGCCUCGCCAAACGCAGGAGCAAAUUCCAUAGUGGAUUCAUCUACUUUAAUAAGGAACAAAUUGAAUUCGGACCUCGUCAAAGAUGAUUUGGAUGACGAUGGUAUCACAACAUACUCACCAAAACCACGUGUGACUGUUCCAAUCACUCUAUGCUUGUUGAUAAUAGCUGGCUACAUCUGUGGUGGAGCAGCUUUGUUUUCUGUUUGGGAAGGUUGGGAUUAUCUAGAUGGUUCAUACUUUUGCUUUGUCACUCUCAGCACCAUAGGAUUUGGUGAUUUGGUGCCAGGUGAUUCUGUUGUUUCAGAUGACGGGACACAAGAAAAGCUUGUUAUAUGUUCGUUGUAUUUAUUAACUGGUAUGGCAUUAAUCGCUAUGUGCUUUAAUCUUGUGCAAGAAGAAGUAGUCUUCAAGUUACGAAAGCUGGGUAGGACACUGGGUUUGUUAAGUGAUCGUGACGAUUCUGAAGACUGAAUGUUCUUCUUGCGAUGGUUGAUUAAUUAAUGACGCAAAAAGAAUCAAUAUAAGAGCCAUUGGUUGAUUUUCGACACACACGAAUUUAAACAGUUGGAGACAGAUGUGGUACGAAAGAAACAUGCCUGGGACAAUUGAGACUGAAUUUUCUGAUAUUAAAUGCCCUGUCCUAGCCAAGAAAUGUGAUGUUUUCAAAAAGUAUGGAAUCUAAAUACAGAAGCAGGAACAACUUAAAUGAUGGUCUGUAUAGAGAAAUGACGAUCAUUUUUUUAAAAAGAAAGCAUUGUUUCAAUAAAUUAUUGUUGAAUGAUUUAAAGUAAAAAUUUCGUAACCAAUAUAUUUUUUGGAAAAUGAAUUUAAGGAUCAAUUAAAUCAAAAAAGUAACUAAAUUUCAAGGGAAUGGACGCAAAACCCGAUAAAUGUGUUUAAAAAUAUUUAUAAGAGACAAAGAUGCACACUCUACGUCCAUGAGAAGCCUAUAUGUGAAAGAUAUAAUAAUAAAUACCGAGAAUGUUGUGUCCAGCACAGAACGUGAAAUGUCAGACAAUUGUUUUUAUCAAACACUUAUAAAGACCGUAAGCGGAAUUUAGUAAAUUUAUGUCAACAAUGACUUUUAAAUGACCCCAAACUUUCAUUUGCAUACUACUUUAAAGUAUGGUAAUUUUGUUUUAUAACAUUCAUAUCAAAUGAUCAGCAAGUACGAAAAAAUCGUAAAUACAUUUUUGAGAACUGGUCGCUAAAUUUAUUUGAUUAACAGUGACCCACAACUAUGAUUUGUAAUAGGCAUCAUGUUUUUUGUUCAACAUCAUAUUUCAGUUUUUAUCACUACCAUGCAAGAGCAGAACAUUUAAUGUGUGUUCAGUGAUGUCUGAAUAUGUAUAUUUAAAGCCUUAAACAUGCAAACAUAAUGACAUUGAUGGCACUAAUACCAUGACAUUGAUGGCACUUAUACAAAGGUUUGAUACACAUUCCGGCAAAACAUAAAUUAUGGCACCCAUGUUUGCAUUUUAUGGUUUUAAUAUAAAACCUGACAUGUAGAUUAAUAUAUUCAUUAAUAAAAAUUUUACGUUCA